ACUACCCUUACUAAAUUAUAGGAUCCAUAACUCCUAGGAUAUUGCCUUUUCAUUCAUUAAUUACUAUGCUAAUGAGUAAAAGACAGUAUAUGACAAAAAAGAAAACAAUAUCUCCAUUUGCCUUCUUCUAAUCAACUUAGUUUACUGGGAUUCUCAUCCCAUUUCAUCUUAAGGAAGCAAAUCGUAUGACUUUGAAGGGUGGAACAAGCCAAGCCUGUGCCGCAUGCAAGUACCAAAGAAGAAGGUGUACGCAGACGUGUCUCCUUGCACCCUUCUUUCCGCCGGAUCAGCCAGAAAUCUUUCAACAUGCGCACAAACUUUUUGGGGUAAGUAAUAUCUUAAAAAUACUCAAAAAGUUACCUUCCGAACAACAUGCACUUACUAUGAAAUCUAUAAUAUACCAAGCUAAUGAGCGGCGUAGAGAUCCUGUCCAUGGUUGUCUAGGAAUAAUAUGUCAAUUAAGGUAUCAGAUUUGGUCUUGUGAACAAGAGCUUUUUGCUGUUCUUAAUAGACUUCAGAUGUGCCGCCAACAACAACAGAUGGGUUCAUCAAUGGCGCCUCAGGAUCAUAAUCAUAAUCAGCAUGAUAAUCAAUCGCAACUUGAACUUGGAAUGGCACCACCUACUACCAUAAAUGAGGAUGUUAUGUUUCAAUUUCCUUGUAACAUUAAUAAUAGUUACCAUAUGAACAAUAAUAUUAGUAGUAGUUCACUAGCACGGCAUCCGUUGGUUGGAGAUAUUCAACAGGAGGUCGUGCAAGAAUAUGAUGAGAUGCCCUUUUUUGAUACGACCAUGGAUGAUAGACAAUCUUACCUCGACACCAAAGAACCCUACGGCCAAUCAAGCUCGGAUAAUUCGGUACGUAAGGAUAUGACACACUCCAUUGAUUGCCUUACAAAUAAGGACUUGAAGAGUGCUGCUGCCUGUUUAAGUCUUACCCGCUCAUAACCAAUGGUGUUUAUUUGCAUUUGACAAUUUCUUUCUGUUUUUGUUUUCAAGAUUUACACAACUAUAUAGUUUCAAACUAUAUAUU